AUGGCAGAAAACGAUUAUUUAGAUUCUAUGGAGAAUAAUCACCUAGAUGGAUCCAAUGGAUCUCUAAAUGUGACUGAUAAUAGCUUGGGUGGUGGAGAUGAGGCAUCUGGUACAGAGUUGCCAGAUAUAGCUGCUAUAAAGGCCCGGGUCCAAGAAAUGGAAGAGGAAGCCGAGAAGUUAAAGCAAAUGCACACGGAAGUUGAUAAACAGAUGAGCUUGGGUAGCCCUACAGGACUUACAAGUCCACUAAAUAUGUCACUUGAAGAGAAAAUAGAAAUUGACAAUAGGUCGGUUUAUGUUGGAAAUGUUGAUUAUGGAGCAACAGCUGAAGAAUUAGAGCAACAUUUUCAUGGCUGUGGAUCUAUUAAUAGGGUUACAAUAUUAUGCAAUAAGUUCGAUGGUCACCCUAAAGGGUUUGCGUACAUAGAGUUCGGGGACAAAGACAGUGUACAGACAGCCAUGGCAAUGGAUGAGUCGUUAUUUAGAGGACGCCAAAUUAAGGUGAUGCCCAAGCGCACAAACAAGCCAGGGCUCUCGUCAACGAACCGACCGCCAAGGGGCUCGCGCGGGCGCGGCCGCUCUUAUCGUGGCGGCUUCUCGCCUUACUACUCCGGCUUCCGACCCGCGAUCCGGCGCGGCAGAACAAUGAGGCGAGGAUCGUACUACUCUCCUUACUGA